AUGUGCUCAUACCUGCUGCAGGGUGACCCUGGCUACGUGGGACCUCCGGGCAACCCAGGUGAACCAGGAAGACCAGGGCCCAAGGGUGAACAAGGAAAGUCUCCUGGACAGCCGGGUCAACCUGGGCCCAAGGGAUUAGCAGGGGACAGCGGAUCCAGGCUUCUUCAAGGGGAUCGAGGAGAUCCGGGGGACCCAGGGCCCAGGGGACACCCAGGGCAGUCUGGAAAACCAGGGAUUGUUGGUGAUCCAGGAGCACCCGGGGCACCAGGUCUUCUUGGUCCUCGUGGCCCACCAGGUUUUCCAGGUGUUCCAGGAUCUUCAGGAUAUCCUGGAGGUCAAGGACCAGAUGGUCCACCUGGCCCCUAUGGACGUCCAGGACCUGCUGGACCACGAGGUCUGGAUGGGUUGGAUGGGCUGAGAGGUCCUAAAGGGAUGAGAGGCGCAAGAGCUACAGAUAUUCCUGGCCCUGCUGGUCCCGUCGGUUUUCCAGGAGUCAAAGGUCAGAGGGGCCCUGCAGGGCCCCCAGGAUUCUCUGAACUUGGGCCUAAAGGCUUCCUCGGUCCUCCUGGCUACCAAGUUGCUGAGUAA